UUCCUAAAUCCAUACCAUACCAAACCAAAACCCUUUAAUCUUUAUAAAAUUGCUUUGUUAGUUUACUAGCUUUUUUUUCAUCACUCAUGCUUUUAGAUUGUUAUUAGCUAGGGUUUCAGUCCAACUAUAACCCUUUUUUUUUUAUUUUCUUACUUGCCAAGAAAACAAACCCUUUUGUUUUUUUUUUCAAUUUUCUUUUCUCCAUCUCUCUCUCUCAAAUACUUUCCUUAAUAUGGGUUCCUUGUUCUUGAAUUCUCCUUCACUUGUAUGCAAUAAAAUUGUGGCAAGAGUGUCACCCGGUAGUAAAAUCGAAUGGUGUUUCUUGAAGAAAAAGAUGAAUAAUAGUGUUAUAUAUUGCCAAAGUGGGGGUGGAGGAGGCGGCGGCGGCGGAGGUGGUGGUGGAGGAGGUAAGGCCAUUAGGUCAAGUGGAUUUUCUUCAGUGGUGACAGACAGAUCAUCAUCGUCGUCGUCGUCGUCGUCUUUGGUUGGUGAUGAGGAUCAUAGUUCAGGUGCAAUUAAGGAUUUUGAGCCUUAUAAUGAUGGAUCGAGUAGCUGUUCUUUAGUUGAAGAUGGGAUUGGCAUUGUGAAGUUUCUUAAGGGAAAAGGUUUCUUUAUUACUGGUGCAACUGGUUUUCUUGCUAAAGUUCUCAUUGAAAAAAUUCUGCGCACUGAACCUGAAGUAGGCAAAAUUUAUGUAUUGAUCAAAGCCAAAAACAAAGAAGCUGCAAUGUCAAGAUUGAAGAGUGAAAUAUUAAAUGCAGAGCUAUUCAAGUGUCUACGACAAACCUAUGGAAAAUCCUAUCAAUCUUUCAUGCUCACCAAAUUAGUUCCUGUGGUUGGGAAUGUGUGUGAAACUGAUCUUGGUUUGGAAGAUGAUUUAGCUAAUUUGAUCGCUAAUGAGGUUGAUGUCAUCGUUAAUUCUGCUGCUAAUACAACUUUCGAUGAAAGAUAUGAUGUUGGUAUUGACAUAAAUACUCGAGGACCAUGCCACCUUAUGAACUUCGCCAAAAAAUGUGAAAAGCUUAAGCUCUUCUUGCAAGUAUCAACUGCUUAUGUGAAUGGACAGAGACAAGGGAAAAUAAUGGAAAAAACAUUUGGAAUUGGAGAAUGUAUAGCCAAAGAGAAUUUAGUAUCGGAGAGCAAUCCGAGAUCAUUGGUACCAAAUUUAGAUGUUGAAAAUGAAAUGAAUUUGGCUUUGAAAUCAAAGGAAGGUUUGCAAGAAAAUGAAGUUUCUCAAAAGAUGAAAGAAUUGGGUAUAGAGAGGGCUAGAAAAUAUGGUUGGCAAGACACUUAUGUGUUCACUAAAGCUAUGGGAGAGAUGAUGAUCGAUAGCAUGAGAGGAGAAAUUCCUGUGGUCAUAAUUCGGCCAAGUGUCAUCGAAAGUACUUGCUCGGACCCUUUUCCUGGAUGGAUGGAAGGAAAUAGGAUGAUGGAUCCUAUCAUUUUGUACUAUGGAAAAGGUCAGCUCACUGGGUUUCUAGUUGAUCCUAAUGGAGUUCUUGAUGUAGUGCCGGCGGAUAUGGUGGUGAAUGCAACCUUGGCAGCAAUGGCAAUGCAUGGAACGGUUCAAAAAGCAGGCAUAAAUGUAUACCAAAUUGCAUCAUCAGUAGUAAAUCCGUUAACUUUUGAAGACUUGGCAAAACUUUUAUACGAACAUUACAAUUCGUCACCUUAUAUGGACACAAAGGGCAAUCCAAUCAACGUUCCAUCCAUGAAGCUCUUCAAAAAUAUGGAAGAUUUUUCUGAUCAUCUUUGGAGAGAUGUCACUCACAAAAAUGGGUUAACCACAAUCAAUGAGAAGCUGUCUCAAAGAUAUGAAUUUAUUUGCAGAAAAUCUGUCGAGCAAGCCAAGUAUUUGGCUAAUAUUUAUGAGCCUUACACUUUCUAUGGUGGAAGGUUUGAUAAUAGCAAUACAAAAGGAUUGAUGGAGAAGAUGUCAGAAAUAGAGAAGAAAAAGUUUGGAUUUGAUGUGGAAAAUAUAGAUUGGAGAGAGUAUAUCACAAAUGUUCAUAUUCCUGGUUUAAGGAGGCAUGUUAUGAAAGGAAGAGGAACAUGCAGCUGAAAUAUUAUAUUUAUAAUUAUACUAAUGCAAAUUAUUCAAGUCCUAUAGUAUAUUGUAAUAACUGAAUUAGCCUUUAUCUUGUACUUUUUCUUUAUUGUGAAAAAAUAUAAUUGAAAGCUUUUUACUUUA